GAGACAAAGAGACGUUGAUUGAAUCACUAGAGCCUCUGUGGACUUGCACGGAUAGAAAAACUGACACUGCAGAUUCAUUAUGGAGCUUGUCCCAAAAACCAAAUACACCCACUUUCGGAGUGAAUCGCUGAGCUCAACUGAUGAAACAAACUCCAAUCCAUCAUCGUUCCCUCCUUCCAGUCCUGCUACCCCGCUCACUCCCUCCCCUGGUUUACCUUCUUCUCUCUCUUCCUCAUCUCUCACUCCCAUCUUGCCCCCCUCUUCUCCCCGCCCGGCAGAGAACAGCCCCACCACCCUUUGUUCCUUCUUCCCUAGGAUGGGAUCUCUUCGUCUGGGCGUCUCUGCCACUCUUCUCCCAGGACUCAAGGCCUCAAACAGGCCGCAGCAACCUCAGGCGCCUGUUGAGUCCUCUGGGGACGACAGGAGCAGCUCUAGCUCCUCCCCUCCGCUUCAUCACCCUGUUCCCCCUCUAACUGCUCCUUCUCCCCCUCCUCGACCUCCUCUGCAGGAUAUGAACCGGCUGGGAGGGGCGUCCAGGAGGGCACGGGUGGAAGGAGGGCAGCUGGGAGGAGAUGAGUGGACGCGCCAUGGCUCCUUUGUCAACAAGCCCACCCGUGGCUGGCUGCACUCCGACAAUGUGGUCAGCACCACCGGUGUUUCCUACACUGUACGGUACAUGGGUUGCGUGGAGGUGCUACAGUCAAUGCGAGCACUGGACUUCAACACCAGAACUCAGGUCACCAGGGAGGCAAUCUCUGUGGUGUGUGAGGCAGUACCCGGAGCCAAAGGAGCCCAGCGCAGGAGAAAGCCUUCCUCACGCUGUCUGACGUCCAUCCUGGGGAAAAGUAACCUGCAGUUUGCUGGCAUGACAAUCAGCCUCACCAUCUCGACCAGCAGCCUCAAUCUGUUGGCCUCUGACUGCAAACAGAUAAUCGCCAAUCAUCACAUGCAGUCCAUCUCCUUCGCCUCUGGAGGAGACCCAGAUACGGCUGAGUACGUAGCAUAUGUGGCCAAAGACCCAGUCAACCAGAGAGCAUGUCAUAUCCUGGAGUGCUCAGAGGGUUUGGCCCAGGAAGUCAUCAGCACCAUCGGCCAGGCCUUUGAACUACGUUUUAAACAGUACCUAAAGAACCCACCUAAACUGGUCACCCCUCAUGACAGAAUGGCUCCGUUUGACGGCUCUGCAUGGGAGGAAGAAGAUGAUGAGACUGCUCCGCCUCCUGAUGUCCCUUACUAUAAUAAUUUCCCUGGAAAACAGCCUCCCCCUGGUGGACUGAUUGACAUGAGGACCCGCCCAGGGGCCACGCUGCCUUAUGGACAGCCAGGUCAGAAUGACAUUCACAAGCAGCCUCUGCCGCCUCUACCAGUGGGUGCCAAAGAGGGGGGACGGGAACUGUUCGAUGACCCUUCAUACGUCAAUGUGGAUAAACCCCGCCCCCCAGUUGCAGCAAAUGGAAACGCUCACAGAGACGCUUUUGACAUGAAGCCAUUUGAUGAUGCCCUGGGGGUCUCUGGGCACGGUGGCCCAAGCUCAGUGACAGCAGCGCCUCCUCUGGUGCAGCAGUUGCAGUGUGAGGCCUGGUUCCAUGGUAGCUUAAGUCGCAGGGAAGCAGAGAGGUUGCUGACCCGCGAUGGUGACUUCCUGGUGCGGGAGUCUGGGACCACGCCCGGACAGUACGUCCUCACAGGACAGCAGGGGGGUCAGCCCAAACACCUGCUACUAGUCGACCCAGAAGGAGUGGUCCGUACAAAAGACCAUCGGUUUGAAAGUGUGAGUCACUUGAUCAGUUACCACAUGGACAACAGGCUCCCCAUCGUAUCAGCUGGAAGCGAAGUGUGUCUGCAACAGCCAGUUGAGCGCAGGGCCUGACGUUCCACAGACCAAUGAAAUACUCCACCAAAUAUACACACACUCCCACUGCAAAUCAACACAAGACAUCAUAUGCUAUAACACACACAGCAACACUACACUCAACACACUCAAACAUACACAACAGUACAUAUGCACACACACAAAGCAAAGAAAGCCAAAAAAAAAGAAAAAAAAAUCACCAGUUUUUCUGCAGAAUCACUUAAUUGCUGCUGUUGCCACAUGUUCCUGUCCUUUCUGAAAGCCAAACUGUGAUAUGCAGUCCCUCCUCGACCCCAACGACUAUCAGGCGCAUCCCUCCACAACGGAGAAGUACUGCUGCAAUUUCUCAACAGCCUACUGUGAACCAGGGAGGAACCCUUUCCUUAUUUCAGAACGGGGCAGAAAACAAAUGCAAUUUUUUUUUAAAGAAAAAAAAUCUUAACAUUCGAUUAUGAAAAACAAAAAAACAGAACACUUUACUAAUACAAGGAAUUGUGUACAAAAAAAUAAUGGAACUGAAGAGUGAAGAAAGGAACAUAAAUGGGACAUGGAAUCGGAUUUUCUGUGCUUUUAAGCAUGUGUUCUUUCAUUCAGGGGAAAUGAUUUCCCUCCUCAGACUGUCGCUGGAGCGUAUUAAGCAAAACGCAAACUGGAUGGUAAUGGUUUUUUGUUGUAGAGACUGAACCCGGCUCAAACACAAACACUCCCUUCGGGUGUCACUUGAGCACUUCAGCAGCAAACAAGACUUUGACAUAAUUCUGCGUGGUGAAUAUGCAUAAACGAGUUUGCUUCCAAUCUAAUCAGGAGUGUCACCUUACCCCCACCUACUCCCCUAUGAAAGACUUUUGAACUUUGACCCCUGGAGUGAUAAAGAACGCCUGUAUGCAAAACUGGGACUGCUAUGCCAAUGACCAUCAUAUAUGUUGUUUUUUUUUUUCCAUCUGAUAUCUUGGGACUCAUUAGUGAUUGGACAUUAGGAGUUCAGGAGGAUCUAAGCGGCUGUUUGGCCCUAAUCCCUCUAAAAAGACAGAUACACAUUCACCUUUACUCCACACACAGGCUGCACCACCUGUCAUGCCAAAGAACAUGAACUUGGUUGCUAACAGCAGAGGAAGCCAUGAUAAUUAUCAACAGUUAUUUAUCUUGUGUGCUUACAGCAGUGGGAACUUAUUGAGAAAGACAUGCACAUAAAAAUAAGCCUGUUUUAGAUUGAAGAAGAAUCUGGAUUGUGCCUGAAUACAUCAUCAAAAAGGCAAUUUUUUUUAAAAAUUUUUUUAUUUUAUUAAAGUGCAUUGAUGUCACCCACAAACACAAUAACUACUACAUUUUGAGAAUUAUAGACCAGAUCAUUUUGACCUAUUGCUUUUCUGCUGACACCUUAGUAUGUGUUUGCAUUGACAAUCUAUGGGUUAUAUCUUUACAGAGUAUUCUGUGAAGAAAACGGAAAGCAGAGGAGAGUUGUUUGAGGAGACCCCUUUAAACAGUGGCCAAUCAUGUGUUGUAAUGUUGAGCAGUCUAAGCAAUGAAUUUCCCUCUGCAAAAAUGAUGCACAGUGUGUCAUAGUAACCGCUUUGGUAAUUUUUGUGUAUUGUGAUGUUGCUUUACUUUAUAAUCACUUGAGGGAAUCAUUUUUAAAACCUUGUAUAUCAAAUGAAGUGGGUCUGGGGUAACUGAACAUGAGGACAUACAUGCUUUUGGAGCAUUGCUAACGAGGAAAUGUUAAGCCAAAUGCUGCUCCUCAGUGUGCUGUUUUCAUAUACUGUCAAGGAUCUGGAGGGAGAAGUUCACACUAUAGUUUUCUCCUUUCCUCUUCCUCCUCCCUCAAUCCAUGGUGUUGUUUUUUAUAUCUUUUUAAUCGUGCCUUGUUUCUUCAAUGCAGUCACGUCACUUCAAUGCAGUCACCUUAUGUACUUAAUUCUAAUGUAGUCGACUACAGGAGAAUCUUACACAAGCCUCUCAGUUAAACAACAAAGACUCUGCAAAAAUGACACUCCAGUAAACACACACAAACAGAUCCAGUGAUGGCAAUCUCCUCUGAUGCACAUUCUUGCAUUCAGCUUAUAGUCACAGAUACUUGAUGUCACCAUAGGGGGGAGGGGGGGGAUUUCCUGAGCAUCUGUAAAUAACAUCAGUUUUUUGACUGUUCAGCUUAGUAUCAGAUUAUUGUUUCCAUAGUUGUAUAUUUAAAAACUUAUUUAAUAAGUAACACCGAGCCAGACACCACAGCACUGAGGUAGCUCUUAAAGCCAACUGAACUUGUCAAAGAGAUUGUGGCCAAACUCCUGAAAUACGAGAGGGGAUCUUUCAACUUAAACCUUAACUGUCAACUAGUCCUCAUACCCUGUAGUGGGCUCACAUGUAAUCUAACAUGCACACGCAUACCAGAGUGACAGCUGGGUCAGUCAGACACUCACACUCUGCCUGUUUGGCUGUUUGUGGGUUAGAGAUAGGAAAAUCAAAAGCUUGAAGUCCUGCUAUUGCUGUGUGCGCCUCUUAUAAGUGUGCGUGCAUGUGUGUAUGUGUGUGUGUGCUGGAACAGACCCACCUGACCCUCUGCAUCAUUAGUGACCUCGUCCCGUGUUAACAUCGUUCAUCACAGUUGCCUUUGUUGCAUGAAAAUCCUUUCAAAUUUUUCUCUUGUUUGUUGUUGGUGAUGGUGAUAGUGUUGAUGAUGCUGUUGUACUUUUUCAUUUGUGUUUUUUGAAAGCCAAAGGUUACUUUCAGAUAGUGUGCACAGAUAUUGAUUUUUACUUUAUAUAUUUCUGUUUUAAUACUUUUUUUGUUUUUAGGGAAACAUGUCUGUUUACACCUGUAUCUGAAAAUAUAGAUUGCAUAUAUAAAUACAUAUAUCAUUCA